UUCGAUUGCGACUAUAUAAAAGCUCAGGCUCUUUUCCUUCAUCAGUCCAUCCCCGUGGUUAUGGAGGAGGCUUUUCAAGCUACGCAACCUGCGCUUCUAGAUGUGUUCCCUGCGGAGCUGUUAGUGCGAGUCUUGUCGCAUCUAUCCUACGACGACUUGCUUCUCGUUGUUCCACUAGUUUGCAGGGCGUGGCAGCAUUUAGUGAAUACAGAUCCGCUUCUCAAAAUCAAAACAUUCAAGAAGGCCAGCGAUAUUUAUGUGGACAUCGGCUUGGAGCCUGAGGACUCGGAUGAAUCACUCGAUGAAGAUGAAGAUGAAAAUGAAGAAGAUAAAGAAGUCUCUGAUGAGACCAAACCAGAACCUGUGGUGCUCCACCCUUUACUGGGCAUCAUCUCGUACAUGGUCGGAGAGGACAUCCAAAGCCUGCGACUCUACCACAAUCACUGGAACUGCAGGUUAGACGAACUCGUCUCGUACCCCGCCGCCAACGACUUGGCCACGAUCCCCGCUGUGCAUUCGAUUUGGAUGUAUCUGUCGGACCUGCCGGCGCCGCUCGACGAAGACUUCCCGGUCAAGGUCAGCAACCCCAGCGGUGUCACUGUCCUCGACAUCUUCUUGGCUUUCGAAGAAACGGCACAACAGAUGGUGGAAACGGCCGAUGAUGGUAUGAUGACUGUGCAGGACGCCUUGCGACAAUUCUUAUUUUACAGUGGAUUUUCGGAUGUCAAGCGUCGUGGUCGGCAUUUGACUACAAGGAUUGUCAUGUCUUCGUAG